UUGUCUUCUCCUAACAUCCUGGUGUCACACUCUUUUUGGUCCCCAAAAUGGCGUCCAUGGCUUCUGCCGCCACGGCUGCUGCAGCCGCCGCCGCUGCGGCCAGCAGAGACCCGGCUAUGGAUCGGUCCCUUCGAUCCGUGUUUGUGGGAAACAUCCCUUACGAAGCUACAGAGGAACAACUGAAAGACAUAUUUUCAGAAGUCGGGCUUGUUGUCAGCUUCAGGUUGGUGUAUGACAGAGAGACUGGGAAGCCGAAGGGCUACGGCUUCUGCGAGUAUCAAGACCAGGAGACGGCGCUCAGCGCCAUGAGGAACCUGAACGGCAGGGAGUUCAGCGGACGGGCGCUAAGAGUCGAUAACGCAGCCAGCGAGAAGAACAAGGAGGAGCUGAAGAGUUUGGGAACAGGAGCUCCUAUCAUCGAGUCUCCAUACGGAGACGGGGUCCCCCCAGAGGAGGCCCCUGAGUCCAUCAGCAGAGCUGUGGCCAGCCUGCCGCCUGAGCAGAUGUUUGAGCUGAUGAAACAGAUGAAGCUGUGUGUGCAGAACAGCCCUCAGGAGGCGAGGAACAUGCUGCUGCAGAACCCUCAGCUGGCCUACGCUCUGCUCCAGGCUCAGGUGGUCAUGCGGAUUGUGGACCCCGAGAUAGCCUUGAAAAUGCUCCACCGUACAACAACAGUCCAGCCUUUGAUUUCCAGCGGACCACCUGGGGGAGCGCCGCCAAUCAACCCUGCUCCUGCUGCGCAGCCCAACGUGGCGGUGUCUCAGCCGCAGCCCGUGCCUGGAAUGCAUGUAAACGGAGGGCCUGGGAUGAUUCAGCCCCCCAACAUCGGUGUUGGUCCUGGACCGAUGCCUGGACCAGGACCGGGACCGGGACCUGUACAGGGAGCAGUCGGACCUCCAGGAAACCUUCAGCAUUCUCCCACAGGAUCGGCCGGUCCUGCUGCUUUGGAGCGGCCUCCAGGACCUGGGGGAAUUCCGCCCAGAGGGCUGCUGGGAGAUGGUCCCAAUGACCCCAGAGGAGGAACACUGUUGUCUGUCACCGGAGAGGUCAUCGACCCCAACCGACCCUACAUGGUAGCUCAACCCCCCCACCAGGCCGCACCUGUGCACAUGCAGCCAAUAGGAGGUGGACCUCCAGAUAUAAGAGGCCCCCCCAUGGACAUCCGGGGCUUACCUAUGGGAGAACCACGAACCAUGAUGGUCGACCCCCGAGGGCCCCCGAUGAUGGAGCCUCGGGGUCCUCCGAUGGAAAACAGAGGACGCGACCCGAGGGCGAUGGAUGCCCGCGUGCCUGUGGCACCGCAGAGGGUUCCCAUGGCAACAGGAAUGCAGAAUCCCGUUCCUCAUAGCAUGGGACCAAAUGCUCCUCUUCCUGCAAGACCGGGUCCAGGUAUAUCUGGUGGUCCCCCAUCAGGAGGCGGUUUCAGUCCUGGGCAGAGUCAGGUCUCCACACAGGACCAUGAGAAGGCCGCCCUGAUCAUGCAGGUCCUGCAGCUGACCCCGGAACAAAUAGCCAUGCUGCCCCUAGAGCAGAGACAGAGCAUCCUCAUCCUCAAAGAGCAGAUUCAGAAGACGGCAGGCGGGGCGCCUUGAUGUGUCUGACGGAUGGAAACGCAUGGAAAAGAAACAGCAAAGCCCCGGCCCCUCCCUGCUGAACACCUCCCACCUGAACACCUCCCACCUGAAGUGUUUUUCUAGUUUUUUUGUUUGUUUUGUACCAUAGUGAAAUGUUUCAGAAGCUCAAGAAGCAAAGAAGAGUUCAACCGUAGACGUCACAAACCUUCAUCUUUUUUCAUGUUUAAGCUCUGAAACCAAUUUGUCAAUAAAAAAAAUCCCACACAC